AUGAAAAAAAAUAGCCAAAAACGGGUUUCUGUGUCUUCUGACAGCGAAGAUGAAGAUUACUGGAAGCCAAUUCCACCGCGAGCCAAGCCUUCUCCUGGAGCGUACAAGCCCCGUGCUUCUUUUGGCGGCAACUUUAACCGGGGUGGUCGAUUUGGUCCUCGACAGAUGCAGGUGCUGCCGACCAUACACUCCAAUAGUUCUCCUUUUGGCUCUCCAAAGGCACAAAAGAAAACUUUGGACAACUCUGAUGCUGGCGAUUCUACUCCCGCAGCGGCUCAACCACCAGCGCUUGCGGCUUUUGCCCCGCAUGUAAAGACAGGAGUUGUUCUUGCAGAUCCAUCGACAUACUCGACGAUCUUGCCUCCUGCCCCGCCGCAAGUCGCUACAAAUCUUGUAGCUAAAAAGACUGCGUCGGAGAAGCCUACACCCUCAGCUCCGGCUCUUGCUGCAUUCCAGUCUCGACCUCGAAAGCGACCCCAUUACGAGGCACUCUACAAUCAGUAUCGAGUGACGGGACUUGGACACACUGGGCUCAUCACUUUGAACCCUCCAGAGAAUGCGGUUUACGGCUCUCACCCCAGAAUGACGAUCCACACAACUCGCACCUUCACCGUUCAUGAUGUGGAUCCGCCACUUCAGGGAUACAUUCGAUGCGAGGAAGAUAUUCCAAUCAAUCGUUACGAUGGGCAAUUGAUGGGCGAAGAGUCUUCCAGCGAGCUUGGAUCCACAGUUUAUGUGGACAAUCAACCCAUCCAGCCUGAUCUUUUUGAGCUCGGCAAGCGAAAGGGUUGUUAA